AUGUCCUCGCGCAUGGUACAUCUUUCUCCGCAGCAUUCCAUUGGAGGCUCCUACUUUGGCUGGGGUUGGCGAAGCCAAGCGGUGCAACGAUUGAAAAAUCAGACGCACGUCGGGACGCUCGCGACUCCCGGAGCACGCAGUGAAGGGGAGAAUGGUCUACAAUGCGAAAUACUUGGACUGCUACAGCAAGGGUGUCUUGGGCGGCGUGUCCUCAGAGAUGAGCAAGGGGCGAGAUCGGAGGAAGAGGUGUUUGUGCGUGGUGGUCUGUUGCUGAUGUGUGGGGAUGGACCCGGGCGCUCGAAAUGCCUAGGCACGAAGGCUCCGAACAACUUUUCCAAGUUCCCCUGCUCCUAUUGCAUGGUGAGCCAUGGCGACGACGAAACCGGCGGGGAUGUCGGCAACCCUCAGUUCGACAUCGACAAGCACCGGCGCACUUCGGGCCGGACGAUGGACGGCUUCUCCGAGCUGGAAGUGCUUGCGGAUGAUCCCCUCCAACAGGAGGAACGCUCGAAAGAGUUGGGUCUGGUUGCACCGAACGCGUCCGGACUCAAGUUACCUCUGUACCAUGCCAUGCGCAUUGUUCCGGGGGACCACGUACCCGUCGAGCGUCUGCACUUCGACGCGCUGGUCGGGGCUUUCUCGCAAAUGAUGGGGAGGACGGGAUCCAGGCCUACCAUCCACUCCAUGCUGCACGCCGUAGAAGCCAUUCGUCUGCACGGGGUAUGUCCGGAUGCGAGUACGGGGGAACACGCUCACCAAAUGAACAAGUCUGGAAAAGCUGUGGACUGCGGUAGGAUGCCGUCACUCCACAUGGCUAAGCGCGCGAACGUCAACUCCGCGCUUGUGGCGUUGUCCAACGGGCUGCCGUACAGAAUCACCAAGUACAACCGGAGUUCCAACGCCCACGAAGUAGUCUCCGUCAAACCUGGUGCUGGCUGCGUUCAGCUCAUGCAGUCGCUUGCGAGCUUCCUCGGACACGCCCGAGUGCCGACCGACAUUCAUGCCAAGGCUAUUCAAACGCCAGCACAGCUGAGAGGCCAAUUCCAGGGGUCUGCAGUUUGGACUGCUUCUCUGUUCAACGCCGGCGCGGGCGCGCCCGCGUUGAACGAGCAGCAGGAUGGUGGCGAAUGGCUUUCUCGCUUGAAGUCCAGCAAGUUCCGGCCCGAGAAUGCCGCGCUGCUGGGUAGGUACAGGAAGUUUUUCGCAUGCGACAUGGCAGGCGCAUGCUCAAACGUUCGUUGUCCGAACUGCUGGGUCGGAGACGACCUGGAAACGGUUACCAUCGAAUGCUCACGCUACCUCCGAGUGCCCAUGGCAGCGAGUUGCGGCGUUGGUCGUCUUAAGGGCGGCGAUGUCAAGUCCGCUGCUCAACCUGGGCCGCGUGACGACUGGGCACUCGGGAGUGGCGGUGGAGAUAACGUAGAAGUGCACCAGCAACCUUCCACGAUGGGCGAGGCGGGCCGUGUGGAUCCUCGGGACCUCAGCCUUGUGAAGGUUUUGUACUUCUUCCGCCACCAGGGGAAUCCGCCCCUCAUGGGCGGGGCCCCACCACCGCUUACAUGGUGGGUACUCGGGUAUGACUACACCGGGGUUCGUCACGGCAACGACCAAGCCCCCGACUCCGUCACCGGGCACCCGACGUUGCAACUUCGAGGUCGGGGGCGCCCUGUCGUGUACCCUGCUGACGCCAUUCAUAGGCAGGUGCGCCUCUACCACGCGUGUCCGUUGAGGGGCGAACAUGGAGCUGACGACAGCUCUCAAGUUUGCAAGGAAGAAGUGGUAGUGGGUGGUAGUUCCGGUCGGAGACGUGUUUGGCGCCACUACUUCCGCGAAUCAACGCCAGGAACCGACGGGUACGAUAGGUACGUGGUGAACGAAUGUCACCACAGCAUCAACCAAGACACUUUCAUCUGAGCACGUGAGGCGGUCAGAUCAUCCAGCUUUCAGAG